GGUCAACCAUCCUUCACUCCCUUCCAAGAUCCAGUAUCCCCUUAGACUUGACGAUAACGACAAUCCGGCUCAUCUUCAAGACCAUGUACCGACCCUGAACAAUUCAGAUACCCCAUCCAGAAUUCCUCUCGAACAGCAACAACAGCCGCUCACUACGAGUACCAUGACUCUCCCGCUCCCUGACAAACAAACGCAACACAGCGUCCCUUCGAACCAAGCCGUAUCCACCAUCACGACAUCGGCUUCAUCAGCAAGAACACCACUGACGACCAACGGCCCCCGAGCAAGACGGCCGGAAAACCGUCACAGCGAGACUUCCCCCCUCCUAGGGUCCAUCUCUGCGUCUAAACGUAUACCAGGAUGGGGAACCUUGGUGCAACAGCUCGAUAGGGAACAGUUCACUCUCGACAAUCAAGAGAACGACAAUGGAGAUAACCGGACAAUCUCGGAGAGCGGGCGGACGGACGAAGGAGGGAAGAACGGGAGUCAUAUUCAGCUCGCUGCGGACCCUAAUGAUAGUAGAGAUCCGAGGGGAAAAUCCAAGGAUAGUCCGUUCUCGGAUAUGGAAUCCGGAAGAGCUUCACCUAUGGGGGAUUCGUUCGUGGUAGCUCCGACUAAACGAAAAUCCUUACCGGCACGGGUCAAACAGCGGACGAAGUAUUACGUGCCUGUCACAUCGUGGUUACCAGAAUACGAAUGGUCCACGUUCGGAGGAGAUUUUACCGCGGGGAUGAGUGUAGCGUGCUUGAUUAUCCCACAAGCAAUGUCCUAUGCAAGCGGGCUGGCCAAGCUCAAUCCGGUCGCUGGGAUCUACUCGGUCGCCAUCCCGGGAAUCGUAUAUGCUCUCUUGGGGACAUGUCGUCAACUCUCCGUCGGACCAGAAGCCGCCCUAUCCCUCUUGGUAGGCCAACUGGUCACCGACGCGCUGACGGCCGAUCCGCAUCAUGCGCCCAAGAACCCUGAAGGGGUCGCCAUGGCCAUUGCUGGGAUCACUGCCAUGCAGGUCGGCAUGAUCACCUUUUUUCUCGGGAUUUUUAGGAUGGGAUUCUUGGAUGUCGUCCUAUCCAGGGCUCUUCUGAGGGGUUUCAUCACUGCCAUCGGUAUCAUCAUCUUCAUCGAACAGAUGGUACCGAUGCUAGGCUUGGCGCAAUACGUCCACGGCAACACGAUCACGCCCUUUGAAAAGCUCAUCCUCAUCUGUAGUUAUAUCGGCGAGACCAACCUCUGGACAGCGGGACUCAGCUUGGUCUCGCUGACGUGGUUGAUUGGCGCCCGGCUGUUCAAGCAACAUUUGAGGGCAAAAGUCCCCGCGCUGAAAUAUAUUCCGGAAAUUUUCAUCCUGGUCGUCGUCUCGACAAUCGUCACGGAUGUCUACAAGCUCGACCUCAAGGGGAUCACGGUGCUUGGCAAGCUGGAGGCGGGUUCAGGUUUGCCGUUCGGUCUGCCUUUCCAGCCUAAACUCUGGAAGUACGCACACGAGACUUUCCCAACUGCUGCAGUCAUUGCGGUCAUUGGUUACGUCGAUUCCGUCAUGGCGGCCAAGGAGAAUUCCGCCAAGUUUGGGUACCCGAUCUCUGCCAACCGGGAGUUAGUAGCAUUAGGUGCAUCGAAUUUCGCUGUGAGCUUUUGUACGGGGACGGGAUGCGUACCUGCGUUCGGAUCCAUCACCAGGAGUCGACUCAACACCAAUAUCGGCGGGAGGUCUCAGAUGUCAUCCAUCAUCACCUCGAUCUUCGCGAUUAUGACGUUGUUCCUCCUUCAAUACUUCCACUACCUACCCAAGGCGGUCUUGGCGAGCAUUGUCGUAGUGGUCGUCUACUCUAUCCUCGCAGAGGUUCCUCACGAGAUCUCGUUCUACUGGCGAUCUCGCGCAAAGACAGAUGCACUGCAAGCGGCAAUGACGUUCCUCCUGACCCUGUUGUUCAGUGUGGAGGUCGGAUUGGUAGCCAGCGUAGCCUUUUCUCUCAUCCUCGUCAUCCAAAAGUCGACUAAACCUCGGAUCAAGAUCAUCGGUCGAGUAAGGGAGACGGACGAAUGGAUCCCGGUAGACGAGAACCCGGAUGCUAUCGAGGAAGAUCUACCUGGCGUGCUGGUGAUCCGGAUUCGUGAGAAUCUGAACUUUGCCAAUACGGGUCAGCUCAAAGAGAGGCUGCGACGUCUGGAACUUUACGGCGCGGACCUCGUUCAUCCUUCUGAAGCGCCGAAACGGGACCACGCGCAUGCGAUAGUGUUUCACAUGAACGACGUUGAAGAUAUCGACUCCUCCGCACUCCAAAUCGUACUCGAGCUCGUCAAGUCGUACAAGGACCGCGGCGUCGAGCUGUACUUUGUACAUCUUCGUUCAAAGCAGAUCAAGGCGUUUGAGAGGGUUGGCCUCUUAGAUUUACUCGACCAUACCCACUUUACUGCGGACCUCCGAACAGCCAUGCGGAAUAUCGAGGAGACUGGUUCUUUUCGAGCUGGCGCUUAGCGCGAGGACUCCUGUACCGUUCCGUUAGGCUGCGUUUACUAACUCACGGAGACCGUUUUUUCACCGUUUUUUCGCUCGAAGUGGUAGUUCUAGGUCGCGUACGUAACCGUUUUGUAGGCCCUAAUGUUCGGUAGUAAUUUACUAGACGUUCCUGUGGCUUGAGAAACGUGUCAAAAACGGAGAGUCAAAACCGACCUCUCGAGGUGCGUUUUCGGUAUUACGUCUACGUCGGCUCGUACAGAACGUAGUCGGAGGUCCCCGGUGUUGGUAGUGAAUUGGCUGGGAAGGUGGGUAUCGCUG